AUGGCGUAUAAAAAGAAAUUCACUUUGUGCGCGCGGGAAAUUAAUAAUUCUAAGUUGAACAACAAUACCGGAAAAAAUGAGCGCAAGGACGCAUGCGGCACGGAGCGGGCGCCCGCCGGGCGGUGGCGGUGCGGCGGUGCGAGUGGCGCGAGCAGGUGGGCCGCGGACCAGCGCACUAGAACUCUUCGAAUGGACUGUAAAUCUUUAAUAAAAACUUGCGUAACUCGACCAGUUAGUGUGAAAUUGAAUUUAAAUUGGAGAUCGCACGAGUUUCGCAAAAACUUCGUAAAUGAGGUCUCCUGCGCUGACCUCCCUGAAUUUUAUAGCGUUCAAUUUAUCAGCUUAUGUCAACGAAGUAUACGUUAA